CGUUUCCGCGCGCCCAGCAAAGCGGGGACAGGGCGAAAAAUCCAGCGAAAGCCAGACUGAGCUUCCUGACCCCAAAGAGCUUCGUAGGGGAAGUUAUCUUCAGACGGCCCUCCCGGCGUGCACGGAGAAGUGGGAUUUUACCUGCGCAACUGCACCGAAAUUUGCACGACAAGGCGGCUGGAGUUUUUUGUUUUGGGUUUUCUUUGCUUUGUUCGGGGUCGGCUCCGUGUAGAGUUUUAUUGCAGAGCAGCAUCACUACCGCACGUCGUGCCGCACAGGGAGGAGAGGAGAGGGCAGAAGUUUCCGCUGGCUUGUUUUGUCACUGCGGGGCUGGUGAAUCCGCAGGAAUGUCGCAGAAGGAGAGACCCACGUUUUACCGACAGGAGCUCAACAAAACCGUGUGGGAAGUCCCGGAGCGCUACCAGAACUUAUCUCCUGUCGGUUCCGGUGCUUACGGAUCCGUGUGCUCGGCGUUUGAUGUGAAGACGAACCUGAAGGUAGCAGUGAAGAAGUUGUCCAGACCUUUCCAGUCCAUCAUCCAUGCAAAGAGGACCUACAGAGAGCUGCGACUGCUCAAACACAUGAAGCAUGAAAAUGUGAUCGGCCUUUUAGAUGUUUUCUCACCAGCGACAAGCUUAGAGGAAUUUAACGAUGUGUACUUGGUGACACACCUAAUGGGGGCAGACCUCAACAACAUCGUGAAGUGUCAGAAGCUCACGGAUGACCACGUCCAGUUCCUCAUAUACCAGAUCCUCAGAGGCUUAAAGUACAUCCACUCUGCAGAUAUCAUCCACAGAGAUUUGAAGCCCAGUAAUCUGGCUGUGAAUGAAGACUGUGAGCUUAAGAUCCUGGACUUUGGUUUGGCACGGCACACGGAUGAUGAAAUGACAGGAUACGUAGCCACACGGUGGUACCGCGCCCCGGAGAUCAUGCUCAACUGGAUGCACUACAACAUGACCGUGGAUAUCUGGUCGGUGGGCUGCAUCAUGGCUGAACUACUUACAGGACGGACGCUCUUCCCUGGCACAGACCAUAUUGAUCAGUUGAAGCUUAUAAUGAUGCUCGUCGGAACGCCAGGGCCUGAGCUCUUGAUGAAAAUCUCUUCAGAGUCUGCGAGGAACUAUAUCAACUCACUUCCCCAGAUGCCAAAGAGAAACUUUGCUGACGUGUUUAUUGGUGCCAACCCUCUUGCGGUGGAUUUGCUGGAGAAAAUGUUGGUGCUUGAUACAGACAAGCGGAUCACAGCAUCUGAGGCUCUGGCCCACACUUACUUUGCCCAGUAUCACGAUCCAGAUGACGAGCCUGAAGCAGAGCCUUACGACCAGAGCUUUGAAAGCCGUGAGCUGGAAAUUGAGGAAUGGAAAGCCUUAACCUACGACGAGGUCAUCAGCUUCGUGCCACCAUCUUUCGACGAAGACGACAUGGAAUCUUGAGGAGGAAGCGGCUCUCUUCCACGAUUUGUUUUCCAAGAAACACUCUCUAAAGACUAUCGGUCUCAUGUGACUAUCCGCCACUUUCCUCAUACACGCGCACAGCGAUGACAUUCAAGUGCCUGCCGUCAUUCAUAUGUGGGGGGGGACGUUGCGCUAUCAGGGAAACGAAAACAAAAAACUUGACAUCGUGUUCAUACCGUCCCCUGCUCUGCUGUUUUGUUUUUCUUAACAUGAAUCCCACCGUGCUGAGGUAGACUUUAACUCUCCUUAUGCAUUAGUAAUUUUUUUAUCUCAGACAUAUAUUCUUUAUAUUCUGUCCCUUAUUCUACAUACACAGCAAAAAAUAAAUAAAAAAGAAAACAUUACAUGUCAGUAUCUCCAGGCAAAUUGUAAUAACGGAACAUGUAUUAUGUAUUUUAUUAAAAAAAAUAUGGCUGAAAAUAAUGCUGUAGGACAACAAUUCUGGAAAGUUUUAAACCAUGCUGAGUGUGAAGUGUAUCUUUUAGCACAUUUUAAAUUCUGUUAUUUCUACGAGUACAUAAAACUAUGUAGAUACUACAGAAACAGUAUUUGUACAUAAAUCUUUCUGGGAAAAACGGCUACCACACGUGUAGUACUGAGGCUCGUCAGCCGCCCACAUUGACAGUUUGUUCUAGAAUGGCAUAUAAACCGAUACUGUGUGUAAUUUAUUUAGAAUAUGUAUAGGAUACGCCAAAAUAUGUAAAAUAUUCAGCCCAGUAUGGAAAAUUCAAGGCUUCAUAUUUCUUAAUGAUUGAGUUUUACACAUGGCAACCCCCCCUCCCAAGGAGAGCAUUUCCCACGUGUUCAUUUUCAUCUAUUACUUUAGUAAGCUUCUUCCGUCUUCUCGCACAUGUGUUGUUUCACAUGAAUGUUUCAGCGAACAGCCACCAAUCUUUGCAGUUUCACCACAGCAUGUUAAAGCCAGAGUUUUUGGCUUAAUGUUUUUCCAUCACAACGUCAGCCGACAAUGUAAUUUAAUCAUAUUGCAUUUAUGAAACAGUACUAUUAAUGUUUAUGGAAUGUUUGGAGCGCCAGUUUGCGCCGUAUAUUUAUGAUCUUUUCUUAUAUUGUUUGUAUAUUGAUGUAAAAGAGAAUAUUAUUUGUCAGAAUUUAAGGUUGUUUGUAUUAUUUAUGGAGAGCUUAUUGUAUUAGUAUCCAAAUGUGUCAUCGAUAAUUUCAUAGAUCACUUGAGCCACAGUGGCUACAGCUUUCAUAUCAAGAGCCGACAAUGUUAUCAAGAGAUCGUUUGGAAUCAGUUUGAUACAUUCUGCUCAGUUUGCUAAAUUACCGUUGCUGAGGUUGUGUUUACAGCGCGCCUUGAUUCACGGCCCAACAAAUUAUCACAAUUUUUUUUAAAAAAGAAACCCAAAACAUAUCCUUUAAUGGUGGCAUAUUUGUCACCAUUUAUUGACUAACAAACCACUAAACUAUUUCUUUAGUGUGAAGACUUUUAUGACAAAAUGCUUCCAAUGUGAAGCGUUUGAAAAGUCAGACACGCAAGCUGUAUCCACAGUUGCUCUGCCUUUGGCACCCAAACAAUAUCAGACAUCAGUCAUGUUUGAUUUCAGCCGCUUGUUUUAAAUGUAGUGAUUUUUCUAAUGUGUUAUUUUACUCUUUGUGUGCUAAAUCAAGAUUUCAUGUUAUUCUGUGAUUCUGUAAUGAUUGUUUUAUAAGCAGCACCAGAAGCCUGUUAGAGUAAUUUAGAGGAGGGGGGGGGAGGUGUCACAUGUAUGCAGGAAAGUGCAUAUGUUUACUCACUGGAUGCUGAAGGGCAAUGCCGAAGCCUCAUAUUUUAUCAUUUUUAAACAAUUGCAUUGAUUUAGAUAGGAUAUUUAUUUUGUCCAUAUCCCGAUGUCAGUAGUAAAUUUGGUUACACUUCGUCUGCCUGAAAUAUGUUUUUCUGGGUUGUUUUUUUUUUGUUUUUUUUUGACCACAUGUAUCAAGAUAGCAGGCCACGCCACCUGUAAAUACCACCAUUAGAAAAUAAAGCCUACUAUUUUUCAAAGCUGUAA